AAAUACGCAAUUUUCUCCAGCCUCCUUUUAUUUAAUUCCUUAUUAGUACUAGUAUGACACUUACAACUUUGUUAUCCGGUACCCAAAAUUCGUAUUAUUUAUUAGCAUAUAGGACUACGUUUUACACUCACACAGUACAUGUUCAUUUUGCGUUUUUGUUUGUUGAUAUUUGCGUUUUUGGAUAGUAGAUUAAGAUUUCGAACUGAAUAUUAGUAACAAGCACGCCGUGCAUGUAAUCUGUUUUGCGUUUUCUUCGUGAAUGAAGUAUCUUCUAAUUCUAUGUUUAAGAACUUUUACAUCCAUCCAAAAACCUAGCAUUAUCAUAAGUUAAAAUUUGGUUAAUUUCCUUGGCGUUAUUCUUGUUUCAAAUUUUCCGUUCGAUUCCUGCUAAUUAAGACUUAGGCGGAACCUUACUUAAGACUGAUUCCGAAAGCCAAGACUUUCCUGGCUACCAAAUGGAGGUAAUGAGUUGGAGUUAUAUAUUCCACAAUAUAUUUAAAGAACUUUUUCUUCUCUCUUUCUUGCCUGAGUACUGGAUCAAGUGGUCGUGUUUACGGAAACGCAUACAUUAUAAGUUUAACUGCAACGCCCGCGUGGCCUGUGAUAAAAUUUCACUGCUCAAACACUGAAUAACUUACUGCCAUCGUGUGAAGGAACAAAUUUUUCGGUUCUCAUUCAGCGAAGACAUUACCUCUACGUUACAGUAUGUUAUGGUAAUCUACAAUACAGAAUGUUUCAAAAAGUACGCGUGAACCUAUAAGAAUACAAUUGUAAUCCCCAUGGCGAACUUACAGUUAUAACAAGUGUUCGAAAUGGGUUCAACAAGAAUCUACUCCUGUCAUAUUGCUGGAGAAGACAAGAGUGUGGGAUCUGUUGAAAUGAGCUGGUUGUUGAUUAUUCAUCCCCGAUACAUACCGACCAGGGGGACGAUGAAAUUCUGGAAAACUUCAACAGGAGAAGUGUCCUGGAGAAGUGAGGCGUGUGCCCUGCAACACCAUCGACCUGGAAGCAGUCGGAAGCAACGUCUUCUUCAUUCAAAUGGCGAAGGAGUGGCCCAGAAUAACUUCACGACAAAGUUCAGAGUUGUCAUUAUCUUCAAAGAAAGUGGCACCAUUUUAAUAUUAUUACAGGCCAUAAGAUAACUAAUUUCCAUUGAUCUCAAGCCGAUUCAAUGCCGGUAUCACGUGGCUGUCUGAUCGUUUAAAAGUAACUUUAUGUAAUGAUAAUUGUACAAUAUUAGACCAACUUUUUCCUGUCUUAAACACAUGUCUCGGUACUUCAGCAUCUGACACAGUUUCCCUGAACUCCUGAACUAGUCGAUCAUUUUCAGCAAAGUGUUGCGAUGUGGAAAAUGAAAUACGUCAGACAUUUGCAUAAUCUUCUGUUUCACGUCUUCUGCUUGUUCAGUUCCGUGUUUACAUAUGUUGACCUCUGAAACGUCGGUACACUUCUACCAGACUAUACGGCGUAACAAUCCAGAAGACAGCCAUCUUGAGACUCACAGUCGUGAAAACUUCAAAUCCUACGAAUGCCAAGGGUUUGGCGGAAUGUAAAUUAGCAAGAGGUGCAUAUCUUACCUCAGCUAAAUUGUGCCUCUAAAUCUUAUAAAGAAUAGCAAGUUAUGUAACAAAAAAUUCACUGUUUAAAAAUGUACGAAGCUAGGAAAGUCAGUCAUAAAGAUGUCACACAGUUUUUCCUAUUCUGUACCCGUUAGAGUUUAUAUAACUAGCAGGACAAACAGUUCAGGGUCGUCUUAUCUAUACAGUAUUAAAUAUCUAUUAUCAGUGGAUUAUAAACCUACUGUAAAUAGAUUGACAAGUUGUAUAUCAUAAACUUCUUUAGCAGCAAACAGAAAAAAGUGCUAUAUAAAUAUGUUGAAGUGUGUUUUUAAGUCAGUAGUGCCAAGGAACAUUGCAGAGACAUUCGUUAUUGAUUCUAGAUCCAUGAAGGUGCUACUGGUAGCGUUCUUGUUCUUAUCAACGAGUUUCGAUGAGGCUUAUUGUGCGAACAUCUUGGCAGUCUUCUCAGUCCCAGCACCCAGUCACAUGGCCUUGAAGUCGGCUCUGUUGACAGAACUUGCGGCGAAGGGGCACCACGUCACAGUUAUCAGUCCGUUCCCAGAAAAAGUUUCAGUCCCAAACUACACUGAUAUCCCGGUAUUAUCACAGGCCUUCGAUAAAAUUGGAAUGAAUGACCGCAAAGUUUAUGAUUUCGUGCAUCAAAAUGCUCUUAUGAUGCAAAGACAAGAUGGACGCAGUGUUUAUAAUUGGGUGCAUCAAAAUGCUCUUAUGGUCGGAACUCGUUUCUGGCAGAUAGGCGGUGAUACGUGCAGUGAAAUAUUGUCUGACAAACGCGUACAAGAUCUGAUUCACUCAACGGAUUUGCAUUUCGAUGUCAUAAUCCUGGAAGCUUUCUUCAGUGAUUGUUUCCUCCCGUUCGGAUAUAAAUUCAAAGCGCCGAUAAUUAAAUUCUGUACAUUCGGUGGAACUAACUGGAUGGGUUCCUGGGUAGGAAACCCAAACCCGUAUUCUUACGUCCCUGACGGCCUUCUUGGCUUUAGCGACCGGAUGAAUUUAUGGGAGAGAAUAAUUAACUCUCUGUGUGGAGUUUUCUUCACGCUAGGACGACAGUUCUAUUAUUUACCAAGACAGGAUAAAAUAGCGAAGCCAUUCUUCAAAGAUGUCGAAGGUUUGCCGCAUCUGGCAGAACUAGAUGCCACUUCUACAGCCCUUCUUUUAGUCAACAGCCACUUCAGUAUCAGCUCUCCGAAGCCUCUGAUGCCUAACAUUGUUCAGGUUGGCGGUUUGCACAUAAAACCACCUAAACCACUGCCUGACGUAAGUGUACAUAAAAUAGGCAUGCACAGAAUUUUAAUUACUCGAUUUGUAAUAAUUAUUUUAGAGGUAGAUAUGAAAUACUUUUUGAGCUCAUUAUAUAUUCAAUUAAUUUUACCUAUUUUGGAAUUACAAUAUUUUUUGGGUAUGAAGAUGUUUCAUGCAAUACUUUUCUUCUGUGACUUGUAUUGCUCACAUCUAUCGUUUCCGUCCAUAGCGCACCCGAAUGUGAGAUUGUUCGUCACACAUGGCGGCCUUAUGAGCUCUCAAGAGGCGAUAAACCGAGGAGUUCCUAUUGUUGGCAUACCGAUAUUUAGCGAACAAAGACACAACGUCGCCAGAGCCGUAUUACUUGGAUUUGGAAUCAAGUUAGACUUCCUAAACAUCAGCGCCGAAUCGGCUUCAUGGGCACUGAGGGAAGGACUUGAGAAUCCAAGGUACCGCGAGAACGCCCAGCGUCUGUCCAGAAUCUACCGGGACCAGCCACUCACUCCACUGGAUCAGGCCGUGUUCUGGACGGAGUACGUGAUCAGGCACAAGGGAGCGCCUCACAUGCGUUCAGCUGCACUCGACCUCACCUGGUACCAGUACUUCCUGCUAGAUGUCAUCGCUGUUUUAGCAUUAGUUGUAGGAAUUUUUGCUUUCGUAAUAUUUCUGGUAUUCAGAAUGGUGCUAAGAAAGCUGUUUGGUAGAAAAAAGAGUAUGAAAAAAGUUGAUGUGUUCCAGAAAAAACGUGAUUAAAUAAAACGGUUAUUAUUACUGUUACACUGAUCGACACGAA